UUUUUUUAAUCUUUUCAUUUUUAUUUUUUAUCUACAAACCUAGUUAUACAUACUUCAUAUUUUUACUUCUACAAAGUACAAAUCUACAAUUUUCGUGCUACACUGCUACAGCCAACAGUUAUAGCUGUCUACAGAACUACAUCAACUAUUUAGUUGAUUGUUGAUGUCAUCACUUGACAUUCAUCAACUACUAUACACAUUUUUAUACAUAACAAAUUAUUUUAAAUAAUAAUAUGAUAUUAUAGUUAAUAGAGGUUGCUCAAUAUUUUAAUAAUAUUAUGGAAAAAGAGUCAGAUAUAAGUGCUAGUAUAGCAGCAAUCACUACAUUAUUGAGACUAUUGGAAGAUGAUAAAUCUGAAACUGUACAAGAACUAGAUUUGAAUUUGCAAUCUGCAGUAGAAGUAAUUACAAAUGGUAGUUUCCGUAUUACUGGUGUAUCUUCUGGAUGUGCAUUAUUUAUGAGGUUUAUAACAUUUGCUAAAUUGGAUAAUAUUACUUUUGCGGAAUGUAAAAAAGUCAUGUUGGACCGAGGAAAAGUAUUUUUGAAGAAACUUACCGAUGCAAGAAAUAAGGUGGCCAAAAUUACUCUUCCUUUCUUUGUUGAUGGCACUAAUAUCUUGACACAUUCAAAAUCUAGAGUAGUGUUAGAAGCCAUGAAAUUAGCCGUGAAUUCACAAAAAAGAUUUCAUGUUUUUGUGUCAGAAUCAUCUCCUGAUAAAAGCGGAAUUGAGAUGUACAAUUGUUUGAAGGCACUUGAUAUUCCUUGCACAUUGAUAUUAGAUUCUGCUGUUGGUUACAUCAUGGAAAGGGUUGAUAUGGUUAUGGUUGGGGCUGAGUGUGUUGUAGAGAGUGGUGGAAUCAUUAACAAGAUUGGAAGCUGUACUAUGGCUAUUUGUGCUAAAGAAUUCAAAAAACCAUUUUAUGUGUUAACAGAAAGUUAUAAAUUCUCACGAAUGUAUCCCCUGAAUCAGAAAGAUUUACCUAAUAAUUUCAAAUACAAUGAGAACAAUUCAAAUGAUGAUAAUUUAUUAAAUGCUCAUCCUUCAGUGGAUUAUACGCACCCAUCAUACAUCAGCUUGCUUUUUACUGACCUCGGAAUAUUAAUGCCAUCAGCUGUAAGCGACGAAUUAAUAAAACUGUACUUGUAAAUGUUUAAUGCAUCUGGUAUGUUGAUAAAGUUGUAUUAAUUAAGAUGUAAUAUUUUGCUAAAUAAAAAAUGUAAUUUAUACCAUUAA